AUGGUCGUGCUGAAGCUUUUCACUAAGCUUUCACCUGUCAUCGAAGAUAUUCGUGGUCAUCAGCUUCCGCUUGCGCACAGCGCUCACCCACCGACAUUUUUUGGAGAGAGCAGCAGUACGAAAAUUCUGCAGGAGCUCCUCAAGUAUCUUCGCAAUGAACCAGAGGAAGAUGCUGUUGGCGUGGUUACUGAUUUUUUGUACUAUCUGCUACGGGACGGGUGCCUCAAAACUCUCGUCACAACGUGUCUCACGUUACUGGGACAAUUGUACUCGAACGAUAACGGUUCAAUUGACCAUGGUUGGUUGUUUGCACUCAACUUCAUAUUCGAUUCUCUUGAUGAGAGAUGUCACUCACUGUACGGUGCUCCUAUGAUACGUCCAGCAAUUGACAGAGGUCUGAAACAUGAGGAUAAGAAAGAACAGUGA